UUCAGGCUUUCUAUAAAUACACUUUAAUUUUUUAUAUUUCAAGGUUGAUAAUAUAUUCUCUAACUGUAUUUAUAACGCAAUCGCAAUAUUACCGUGCAGUUGUUACCUAAAAUUCUUGCAGUAAACGAUAAUUCUCGUAACUUGAACCUAAGAGAAGCUGCCCCAAUGAAUUAACAAUUACUUAACAACCCGCCUUACAGCCAAUAGCUAGAAACAAAUUAAUUACUUUUCACGGCAAUUACCCCACAGAAAGAAUUCCUAAUAUAAUUGUAUUCUGUUCCAUGGUUCCACGUGAUUAAUUUCCGAAGAGCCGACAAAAUUCCACAGGUGAACCCCAAUAUUUUUCCGAACCAUAAAUUUCCCAGGAUCUCCGAUCUUGGGAUCCAGGGAACUGCGGAUCUACUCGAAAAGCAUCAACCUGAGAAAGGGACUGACGAGAUAAUGGCAAGAUAAAACGAAAUGUAUUCCAAAUGCCGUAUCGAGCGACCGUGGUAUUGGACUUUCAAAUUUCCCCCUGAACCGUGAAUCGAAAAGCCAACAGUGUCCUCUUCCCGAAGGAUGAUGCCAAGAGAACCGACACGGAUGGAAGAGGAAAUAUGGUCUAUCUACGCAUGGUGGGGAAGCGUCCUUGUCCUGCAACUGAUGACUCUUACGUGGAUAACCGGACGCAUUCGAGUUAAAAGAAAAGUUAUUCACAGUGAAGAAGACAAAAUGUGGUUCACGGGGUCGGACGUAAUACUUUGUCCAACUGGAGGAGGUCAUCCGGAAGUGGAUCACGUGCGAGAAGGUCAUCGUAAUGAUAUUGAAAUCAUUGUAACAUUUCUGUUAAUCGUCCCCAUUUGGUUGAGCACCAACCCAUCUUUUCACGUAGCUAAAACGCUUUUGCGGUGUUUUCCAAUAUCGAAGAUAUUGCACACUGCAUUAUACAUGAAUAUAUUUUAUAUGAAAGAGUUCUAUCAAACCAUUCUUCUUGGCAUUGCCUAUUGUAUUUUAGGUUACAUCAUUUCAUCUUGUGUCAUUUUUUCAUUUUUGUAAACAAAUAAAUGUAUUUACGUAUUACGUUUAAA